AUGUACGCUCUCUCUAUCAGUAGUGAUAAGCAUGACCCAGUCUCGUUCCUCCAUCUUCUCUCCCUCACCCGCCAGUUCAAGGUAUCAGAUGCGCGAGAUCGAAUUUACGCCCUCCUGGGGCUGCCGACCACAGAUUCCGACCCGGAGAACGGCGAGCUGUACGUAGACCCCGAUUAUACCAAGACGCUCCCAGAAGUCUACGAGACCUUGGCGAGGAAGACGCUUCUUUCUUCUCAAGGCUUGCGGACCCUCUCGACCGUGCAGCAUGGCUUAGAAGUCGAAGAGACUCUGCCGUCUUGGGUUCCCCAAUGGGAUCGCCUCUUCACAUACGCCCUGGCUCAGGGCGGAACUUCUCUCAAGAACUUUGCGGCCUCAGCUACUCUCCCGAUCGUCGUGCCGAGGUUUUUCGGCUCGUUGCUGGUUGUUGAAGGCCUGGAGUUUGACGCUGUAACCUGGGUGUCGGAUAUACUACCUGACGCUGUCGAUUCGCACCCUAAGCUCGAAUAUCUCAAUACAGUCUGGGAUACAGUAACUUCCUUCAUGCAUACCUAUCCUGAUGGAACCGACAUCUAUACGGCUUUUUGCUGGACCGUUACCGCCGGCAAAGACUGGUAUGGCAUGCUCGUGGAGGAUGAAGUGGAGCAUCUUGCGGAUUUCGCAGCGUGCCAGGAGGCUUACUUUGCCUCUCCUUUACCCGACGCGGGAAUGCAGGCGAUGCAGAUGCGGACCGAUUCGUAA